CCCCUCCCCUCCUCACCCCCCUGGCGGCCCGAAGCCGCGCGGGGCCCAGGCCAUGUGUCGCGCGCGGCUCCGCCUCCCGCCGGUCCUCUGAAGCAGCGGCCGUGGGGGAGCUCUGAGAGCUAGACAGACGCUAAUCCGGGUCGAGCUGUGCCAUGGCUAGGGCGCCGGCCUGCGCUGUGACCAGGCCUUUUUCUUUGGUCGGGACAGUCCGGAUGGGUCUCUCGGGCCCCGCCCCGUCUGGCCUGGCUCGGCCUGCUCAAAUCUUGCAAGCUUUGCUGACAGGCUAGCGGGCAGACCCCAACCCCACGUUCUGUCACCGGCUGGCGAAGAUCCGGGGAUGGGCAGCGCCACUGGCUCGUUCCAGAGCUUGCAUGGGUCUCAGCGAGGCCGGGCGAUACUCCAGGAUGGGAGACAAGCCAAUUUGGGAGCAGAUUGGAUCCAGCUUCAUUCAACAUUACUACCAGUUGUUUGAUAAUGACAGAACCCAACUAGGCGCAAUUUAUAUUGAUGCAUCAUGCCUUACGUGGGAAGGACAGCAGUUCCAGGGAAAAGCUGCCAUUGUGGAGAAGUUGUCAAGCCUUCCGUUCCAGAAAAUCCAGCAUAGCAUCACUGCUCAAGACCAUCAGCCCACACCAGAUAGCUGUAUUAUCAGCAUGGUUGUGGGCCAACUCAAGGCUGAUGAAGACCCCAUUAUGGGAUUCCACCAGAUGUUCUUAUUAAAGAACAUCAAUGAUGCUUGGGUUUGCACCAAUGACAUGUUCAGGCUUGCCCUGCACAACUUCGGCUGACCCCCUUGUGGCCAUUUACUCAUGCUGUUUCCUCCUCCCUCCUCUUCCUGAUACUAUCACACUCCUCCAGAUGCUCCAAAUAUCAUACACAAAUGAGCAGGGCCAAGGUGGGAGUGGGUGCAGUGCGCUGCUGCCACCAAGGUGUUGUGCAUGAUGUUUGGACACUAGACUAGUUGCAUCUGACAGGAGAAGUUUGUGUUGUACCAGCGCAUGCCUUGGAAAGACUUAAAGUAAUGCAAAAGGUUGUCUUUUUUUUUUUUUAAUCUACUGACAAGUUGCUCUAGUAACCCAAAGAAGUGAAGGAGAAAGCAGCUGCCUCACCACCCAGAUAUUGAUUUGUUCAGAUGUUUCAAAUGCCUCAUGAUACAAUAAAACCACAAAAAUUUUCUUAACAGUUUAAAUUGUUUUAAUUAGCUUAAUAGUUGGCUGGGCAUCAAUAACUACCCUGUCCUAUUUCUCUCAUGUCUCACCCUCCCACCUCUGCCUCAACUCAGCAAUAUGUGCAAGGAGAAAACUGGAUGAAGCAGCAUUCCCAGGUUGCUUAUCUUGAGCCUGGUGGGACAGAGAGCUCAGGUCUGACCUGAAACUUCUCUUGCAUUGAAUCCUCUGUAGUCAGUUCUGUCAUCUCCUGUGGCCUCUGUCCUGGGUAAGUUCAGGGCUCUAGUAGUAGCAUUGGCAAACCUGGCCUACCAGUUUUAGCUGUCUGGGCUGAGGUCUCAGCAUGACUGAUGGAAGAGCCUGUUCUAUCCCCAAGCCAAGCAGAAGACAGCUCAGAUCCUGUACCAUCUGCUUGGGAUAUCAUUACCCACAGAGCCAGGCUCUGCUGGGCUGGAGUAUAGAUUCUGAGCUAUAGAAGAAGUCAGUCUUAGUAUCAGGGAUUCAUACUCUUGAGUUCCCACCCCUCGGACCUCUGCAGGGCAUGUCCAGGUUGCCUUCUAUUCCCUUCCUCAACACACACACACACCCUACACUAUCAUCAAGUUCCAGAAAAUGUUAAUCAUUAGGACAGUUUCUGCUCCUCAGUUUUGGGCACAGGCUUUGCCCACUAUAAAUCUGGCUCCUCCUUGAAUUCUCUGGAUGGUGUAAAUUAAAGCUGGUAGCAACUGCAGGGUAAAACCAAACCCAGGACUUGGGCUGAUGCUGUUAGGGGACUUAGAAUGGGUGAGGGCACCCUGGUUCAGGUACACUUGUAAAGGGGACACCUUGUCCCCACUAUGGGGUAGGGUAAGGAUUUCCUCAGACUCCGUAGUUUGCCUGGCUACACUGGGCACAGGGCUGGAUAGUGUGUUGUUUGAAGGACAGCAUUCUCUGGAGAUCUCAGUGGGACUGAUCUUAUGCUGCUGUGUAUGUGGGGGGUAGGGGAGAGGUAGAUGUCUGCUGCCUCUUAAACCACCCUGUAUAAAAGCUGCAAUACAGCUUCUACCAUGUACCUGUGCCUGAAAUGUCUGCAAUAAAAAGGUGUUUGUAAAGUAUGGUUUCUUUCUUCCUAACCUGAGGGUGCCAGGUGGAACAAGGGGAUGCUGGGGGACAGUAUGGAACAAUGGUUGUGUUCUUUGUGGUAGUAUCAUCCCUUGCCCUUGCAAUUCCUAGACCCUCAGGUCCCUCCAGGCCUUGGUCACUGCAACCUAUUUACCAACGGGGAAACAAGCUUCUGCCAAUUCAGUAUAUUCCUCAAGGUCGGAAAAGUCCCAACCUGGGU